CGCGCACACACAGAACAUUGCAUUGUGGGAUUGAAAAGCUAUUGGCAUAGCUACAGGAGAGUCCACAGAUUUCAGGUUUCAGAGUUUUCCACGGCAUCAGCAGUAGAAAACAGGAAUUUGUUUAGGAAAUUGGGUUUUCAAAGUACCGUAAUGAACGGGGCAAUGGUCAAAAAGACCCAAGACACCCUGGGAAAGGUGAUUAAAAAACCGCCUCUCACAGAGAAGCUGCUCAACAAACCGCCGUUCCGCUACCUGCACGACAUACUCAGUGAGGUGAUACGGACCACUGGUUUCUUGAAAGGACUGUACGCUGAGGCAGAGAUGAAAUCAGACAAUGUAAAGGAGAAAGAUUCCAAAAUACUGUUUCUCCAGAAGGCUAUAGAUGUCGUGAUGCUGGUUAGCGGGGAGCCUCUGUCAGCCAAACCAGCGCGCAUUGUAGCCGGACACGAGCCUGAAAAGACCAAUGAGCUGCUUCAGGUCCUUGGCAAGUGCUGCCUCAACAAGUCAAACAGUGAUGAAGCUGUGAAGCGUGUCUUGGCGGGGGAGAAGGUGGAUCUCAAAGUCAAAGCUUCCUCUUCAUCUAAAUCUCAAGACAAGGAGAACCGAGAGGGCCGCGAUCGCCAUAGAGACAGAGAGGUCAGUCCAAAACAGGAGAAGAAGGAGAUCAAAGAAAGCAGCCAGAGCAGAGCCCCCAAAGACCCAGACCAGCCCAGAGAGCAGGAGGCUCGGAGGACGGAGAAGGAAAGGCACCGGGAAGGAGACAGGGCUGAGAAGGGCCGCGAGAGGGACCGGACGAAAGACAGAGACAAGGACAAGAGCCGCGACCGGGACAAAGACAGGGCUCGAGACAAGGACAAGGAGAGAGAGCGAGAGAGAGACAGAGAGAAGGAGAAGGACAAAGACAGGGAGCGAGACAAGGACAAGGACAAGGAGAAGGAGAAGGACCGUGAGGCCAAGGCCAAAGAGCGCGGGGAUGUGCCAAGAGAGCGGGAGAGACGGAGAGAGAGAUCAGAGCGUCACAAGGACACGCAGGACAAGCCGAAGGAGCAGAGCGAGCGAAAGGUGAAAGCAGCGGAGGAGGUGCGACCAAAACUCCACCCCGAGGAGCCCACCAAAAUUCCCAAGAAAGAGCCUGAAGAAAGCUCACCAAUGCCAGAGACAGAAUCAGAAGAGCCAACCGAAGUCUUUGAAAACCAGAGCCCCGCCAGGAUACCAAGGCCAUCAUCAGCCAAAGGCCAGAGACGCUGGCCCAAAGCAGGAGGCCCAGAAGAGUCAGACAGUGAAGGAGAAGCUCCCCCAGCUGAGAGGCCAGUGCAGCUGGAGAAUGGAGACACAACAGAUGCUGCACCUCCUCACCCUGCUCACAGGAGGAUACCUCGGCCAAGCAGUGCCCGGCCCGCACCUCCUCGAGUGAAGAGGCAAGAGAGCUACACUGAAGUGAUCCCGGCUGAGAGACUGGGUAGUGCCAAGCCCACCGCUGUGAUCAUCGAGGGGAAGAAACUGUCUGAGGAUGAGGAGGAGGAUGAUGAGCAGUUUGUUGUGGAAGAAACGGCUCCUGUCCCAUCUGAUAUGCCUGAUUUGCAAGCAGAGGCUGUUGAGCUUCAGGGUGAUGAGAACCAUGGUGGGCUUGUAAAGAAAAUCCUGGAAACAAAGAAAGACUUUGAAACUACUCCGUCAUCUCCGAAGUCAAAUCCGGAGCGUACGCUGGUGUCUGAGGCGGCGAGGAGGAAGGAGCGGGAGCUGGUGGCGCGGGAGAUCGAGCGGCUGCGCUCCUCCAUCCAGACGGUGUGCCGGAGCGCCCUGCCCCUGGGCAAGAUCAUGGACUACAUCCAGGAGGACAUGGACGCCAUGCAGAUUGAGCUUCAGUCCUGGCGCCGCGAGAACAAGGAGCACGCCCAGGCACUGCUGCAGGAGCAGAGGAUCACUGACAGUGCAGUGGAGCCGCUGAAGGCUGAGCUGGUCGAACUGGAGCAGCUGAUCCGGGACCAGCAGGACAAGAUCUGCGCCGUUAAGUCCAACAUCCUCAGGAACGAGGAGAAGAUCCAAAAGAUGGUGUUCAGCAUCAACUUCUCCUCACAGACGUGAAAAGAGCAAAUAAACAGAAAAUCAGUAAUAACAAGAAAAAAGAAAAAAGAAAAAAAAAAAUGCACUGAACCCAACUAGGUGUCUCUCUUAAUUCAGCCCUGCUCAAGUUGUCCUGUUUGUUGUGAUGGCCAUGUCAGAAUUGCACUUUUUCAGUGAGCACCCAGGCUGAGCUGCAGCCCGUUGUUGUUCCACUGUAUAUUGAGAUGCCUUCCGUGAGAGGCCCAGAGUCCCUCAUGCUCCGUGGCUGUGAUGCUAAAUAGACAUAGAAAGACUCACCGGCACUGUGCACACAUUACCUCUCCUGGUACAUUUCAGAUCCAUUUGCACACUUUAUUCAAAAAUGAAACCCUAAUUGAAGUAACAUUUAUAUAUUGUUUUAUAUAGAGAUAUUAAUAGCCAGACCAUUCACCGCUUGGAAUUGUUAGCAACAUUUGUUUGCCCUUUUUCCCCCCAAAGCUCAUGAUAAGCAAUAUACAUGUGCCGUAAAGCACAGACAUGCCAAAACCCGUAAACACACUAAUGUUCUCUAGUCGAGCACCAUUGCACUUUGAUGAAACAGACUUUCAUGGAUGGUGAGAAUGACCUUUACAUGUGGUUUACGAGUGAACAUGUUUUUCUCCCUACACCUAGGUACAAGGUAUAGAGCAAACAAAAAAAUUGGCAUGGUUUAAAAAUGGACAUUUGUCUUGAUUGCAUCAUAUCAAAUAGUUUUGUGAACUUUAAUCAACCACCAGAGUCCAUUUUAGUGAACUUGAAGAGGCUCUAAAACUUGUUUCAUGUUCUGUACAGCUGUGAAUCUGUCUUGUGGUGACGCUAGAUUUAAAAUCUGAAUGGGCUAAAGGCUUUUUGUACUUUUUUGCAAAACAAACCAAACCAUCCCCUCCCCCUAGUGGACAAUUGUAUUCUAUUUUUUUUGUAUACAUCUGAAUGUUUAAAAAAUAUGAAAAAAUAAAACAAAGCAAUAUUCUAGUUCUGUUUUAGCAUCAGUGAGUUAAGCUGAUCUCGCACAAAUAGUCAUUCAUGCUUUUCCAGAUCUAUUUCAGAAUCCUUCCAUUUUAACAUCAGAGACAGCUUGAUAUCUAACUAACCUGAAGGAAACUAAAAGAUAUAAGAUAUAUCCAUAAGCUCUUUCUGUUGCAUCGUAUACCAUAAAAUAAAUACAAUUUCAUAUCAGUAUUAUAACUUUUAAACAAAUGAAAAAUGCGGCUCACGUAUAUUAUUGAUUAAUGGUCAAAAGGAUAAUCAUUUUAACAUUUUAAUACCUAUAUUUUAUAAAGAGGACCAUCUACACUGUAAACUGUUUGUACCAUAUUUCUCUUUUUCCCAUUUGUUGUAAAUUAUGUAUAUUUUGUUUGUAUCAUAGUUCACGAACAACUAUACUUUUUUUUUGUAGUGGAGUGAAAUAAAAUGGCUAUGUUUCAGUA